AUGAGUAGUCCUAAGAGGAGAAUUGAGGCGGAUGUCAUGAAGAUGCUGAUGAGUGAUUAUGAGGUGACCUUGGUCAAUGAUAACACACCAUUCUCGGGCGGUCACUGGAAAAUCCAUGUGGAGUUACCAGAUCAAUACCCAUACAAGAGCCCCAGUAUCGGCUUCGUCAACCGCAUUUUCCAUCCGAACAUCGACGAGCUCUCCGGAUCCGUCUGUCUCGACGUCAUUAACCAAACCUGGUCACCCAUGUACGAUAUGAUCAAUAUUUUCGAAGUCUUCCUGCCACAACUGUUGCGUUAUCCCAACCCGUCGGAUCCGCUGAACGGCGAGGCGGCAGCGAUGCUCAUGCGUGAUCCAAAGAAUUAUGAGAACAAAGUCCGAGACUAUGUUGCCAAAUACGCAAAUAAAGACGCCGCCGAAGAAGGUGGCGAAGACACUGAAUCGGAAGACGAAUUGAGCUCCGUCGGCAGUUAUGAGUCUGGUGGUGAAGAGCCCGCCGGUACGAUGGACGACGUUUGA